AUGCCCGCGGUUAAGACGGCGCCGUCACCUCUGGUCGCUCAGCAGUGGAAGCGCGCCUGGGACGUCGGCCGAUACGUCGGGAAGGUUGUCGUCACUGGCACUGCCGCCAGCUUUGCCUACUUGGCCUACACUGAACCCAUGAAGACCGGAAGCCUUCGAUUCCCGCUGUUUGCUGCUGCGACCUGCAUCGUCGGGGCAAUAGUGCCAUACACCAUCUUCGUGUCGUACCCAUUUAACGAGGCGAUCAACUGGCAGCUUAGAGCUACUGAAGGCGAGAAGACGGACUUGAAGGAGCUCGUAGCGGACUGGG